AUGUAUCCGCAAGCCAACAACCCGGCCAACAUCAUGUUCGGCGGUCCUUCGUCGUCGGCGAACCAGAUGCGUCUGAUCUCGAAGCAGGCGGAGUUGGAAGGUCUGCGCGCGCUGAAGGAUCAAUCCGCGAGGAUGGUUAAGGAGUUGGAGCGAUUGGCGGAGAAGGUGGAUAUCAUGGCGGAUGGUGGUGACUGUGAGUAUCUUGAUAUCGCAAUCGCUUCGGUGAUGGGUUCGUGGCAAGGCGUGUUCCGCGCCAUCCAGAUCGCUCGAGCUUCAACCGUCUUCAUGAACCCUCCAUCCACCGAACCCACUUCCGCAGACACCUCUGCAGAACAAGACUCCGACGACGACCUCUACAACUACGGUCCUGCCCCCACCAGCAAACCCGCGCUGAUCGAUACCAUGGUACGAAUCCCCAUCGACCUUGACGACGCCAUCGCAAGGUCGAAGGAUGAGACCAACGCUGCGGCCGACAGCUCCGAGGCCUGUGCUUCCGUCUCGCAGUAG